AUGGAUGGUGAUCGCGGCCACCCGGAAGACAACCAAAGCAGUUCUGCCGUGAUGGCCACCCACGAGCAGAACGGGGCGUCUAUUACAGAAUCAGAUCGACUAAAAGAUCUUCAGACAGAGGUUCGUGAUCAGGAGGACUUGGAAAAAGACAUCGGCCGUCAGGCGGACAUGCUGCUAUUUGAGCAAGCCAAUGAACGUGAUCAACAGCGGCUCGAAAAGACCAGCGCGAGCAAGCAGAAACUAGAAUCACAGAUCCGAAAGCUCCGAGAACGAGUUUCACAGCCUAUCGGAACGACCCAGCGAGCAAAGCUGAAAAAUGACAUUGACCGCUUUCAAGUACAACUUGAUGAGAUGGUUGCGGAUCUCGUCGAGAUUGAAGACCGCAUGGAUCAACGCCGUCGUGAAGUCGGUCAAGCUACAGGCGAAGGCGAAGGCUCAGGCUCCGGCCGGCUAGCCAACGAGUCACAACGUGAUUAUCUCAUCAGGACAGGGAAAAUUACACCGUUCUCAAGAUUCGGGCUCGCUGCUCAAGGUCGUUCAGCAUCCAACUUGCAAGAUGCGCUCCUGGACGCGGAAGAUGAGCCACCAGAGGAAGAGGUAGAACUUCCCAAGGAGACCCUACAGUUCAUGUCGCAUAGGAAUCUCAGACAGCCCGGGUUUAGAACGAGCGAGGUGUCGAAUGUGAGCUCGGAAGACGAGUAUGAGUCUGAUAGACCAAGAAAGCGGAGGAAAUUGCCAGCUCGAGCAAGAUCAAUGAAACGCCAUUCUUCACCCAAUGGCUCUGAUGAGUCGGCAUGGAGUCGGACCCCAGCCCCAUCUGCCGCUGAAGACAGCGAUAUUCCCGCUAAUGAGGAUGACUCAGAGUCCAUGCCAGAUACAUUAGCCCCUGAAAAGCGACGAAGAAAAGUAAAAGCAGCCGCGGGAUAUGAAGAUGCAGAAAUCGAAGAUCUUCGUGGCGUUGACGAUGGCAACGAAGCUGUCUAUCGAUCGCGUAUGAAAAGAUGGAGCUCACGAAGACGCGAAGCCCGGCGCAAAGCACAAAAGGUGAACCAAGCACAGGACAAGUACACAAAUACUGGGGACAUGUCAGAUGGUGACGAAGCGCAAGACGAAUCGCAUAUGCCACAUCCAGAGAUCGACGACACGCAGUUUGACGGAGGGUACAGGAUACCUGGAGACAUAUAUCCCAGUCUAUUCGACUACCAAAAAACAGGAGUACAAUGGUUAUGGGAGUUAUACUCUCAAAAGGUUGGAGGUAUCAUUGGCGAUGAAAUGGGCCUUGGCAAAACAAUUCAAAUCAUUGCAUUUCUAGCAGGUCUACAUUACAGCAACAUGUUAACCAAGCCUAUAAUUGUCGUUUGCCCUGCGACUGUCAUGAAGCAAUGGGUCAAUGAAAUCCACCGGUGGUGGCCGCCAUUCCGGGUCACCAUCCUUCAUUCUUCUGGUAGCGGUAUGAUCAACCUGCAUCGUGAGAGUACGCAGGAAGAGCGACUUCUGCAGCAGAUGUGGGAUCCUAAUGCCAGCAGAGUGAAGUUAACGGCGGGUCAGAAGAGUGCGAAGAAAGUGCUGAACCCAAUUCUGGAACAUGGUGGAGUUCUGGUAACCACGUAUUCUGGUCUCCAGACCUAUGCUCCGCUCCUAAUUCCAGUUAGCUGGCAAUAUGCGAUACUGGAUGAGGGUCACAAGAUUCGGAAUCCGAACACAGCUAUCACAAUAUACUGCAAAGAGCUGCGAACACCCAAUCGUGUCAUUCUUUCAGGCACUCCGAUGCAGAACAAUCUUGUAGAAUUGUGGUCACUGUUCGAUUUUGUCUUCCCAAUGCGUUUGGGCACCCUAGUCAAUUUCCGUACUCAAUUUGAGAUACCGAUCAGGCAAGGAGGGUAUGCCAAUGCUUCGAAUCUGCAAGUACAAACGGCGCUCAAAUGUGCCGAGACCUUGAAAGACGCCAUAAGCCCUUAUUUACUUCAAAGGUUCAAGAUCGAUGUCGCAGCAGAUUUGCCAAAGAAAAGUGAACAAGUUCUGUUUUGCCGAUUAACAGCGCUCCAACGGAAGGCGUACGAAGACUUCCUGGCUUCUGAAGAGAUGAAAUCAAUUCUCAGCGGUAAACGGCAAGUUCUUUAUGGUAUUGACAUUCUUCGCAAAAUAUGUAACCAUCCAGAUCUGCAAGACCACAAGAACCUUGCCGGUAAAUCAGGCUACGACUAUGGAAAUCCCGCAAAGUCAGGAAAAAUGCAGGUAGUUGGCUCGCUUCUGGAACUAUGGAAAGAGAGUGGCCAUAAGACCCUCCUCUUCGCACAGCACCGUAUCAUGCUCGAUAUAUUGGAAAAAUACAUCAAAUCUAUGCGAGGUCUCACAUAUCGGCGGAUGGACGGCAAUACUCCCAUUCAGCUUCGGCAGAGCAUGGUUGACGAAUUUAACAACAGCCCAGAGCUACAUGUCUUCCUGCUCACAACUAAAGUUGGUGGACUGGGCAUCAACCUCACUGGAGCAGACCGUGUUAUCAUCUAUGAUCCUGACUGGAAUCCGUCCACUGAUCUGCAGGCUCGCGAGAGGGCAUGGAGGCUCGGCCAGAAAAGAGAGGUCACAAUCUACCGUCUGAUGACAGCAGGUACCAUAGAGGAGAAAAUCUACCAUCGGCAAAUCUUCAAGCAAUUCCUCACCAACAAAAUUUUGAGAGACCCCAAACAGAGGCAAACGUUCCAUCUCAGCGAUUUGCAUGAUCUUUUCACACUUGCUGACGAGAAAGCCCCCACCGAGACAACCACUUUGUUUAAAGAUGCUGAAGUGAAGUACUUGACGAAUACCUCGAAGCAUCCACCCGCGCAAAUUCAGGAUGGUCAGCAGCCUAUAAAAGAUGAAAAGAUCGAUCUAGAUCUCAAGAACGUUCCUGGUAUUCGAUUUACGGAGCAAUUCGCCGGAGAAGCCACCGAAGAGAAACAAGCUGCUACUCAGGGCAGUACAAACUCCGAAUCUCGGGUCAUGGAAGGUAUUUUCGCUCGCUCAGGCAUCCGUUCAGCCGUCGAACAUGAUCAGAUUGUUGGUGGCAAGAAAGUGAUCACAGCUGAUCCACAAAUGAUCGAACAGGAAGCGAAGAAGGUAGCCGCUGAAGCUGCGAAGGAACUCAGGAGAGCAGGCGAGGUUGCAAGAACCGUACCUGCUGGAACACCGACUUGGACUGGGCAAUUUGGCGUCGUAGGAAAGCCGCAGGAGGUGAGUGCAGCAAGCGCUUUUGGUGCUUCAGCCAGAUAUAGAGCGGGGCCGUUAAGCUCAAGCCUGUUGGCCGGUUUGCAGAGGGCACAAGGAGUGAAUGUCAAUACCACCCCAGACAGGGGAGACAGCGGACGCGUAUCAAGAGCGUCCACGCCUACGGGAUCCAUCACAGGCGGAUCUAGACCCGGAACAUCAACUCCGCCUCGAGGAAGGGACUUCGGAAAGUUGAUACGAGAUUAUUUGAUGGGGCAUGGCGGCAGUGCUUAUACGCAGAUGCUGAUUGACCAUUUCAAUCGGUUGUGUACCACACCUCAGGCCACUAUGGACUUCAAGGAGACACUGAAGGUCAUUGCGACACUGGAUAAAGGCUCCAGAGCUAGGGGAAAGUGGGUACUAAAGGACGAGUACAAGUCUAUUCGGUGA